GUAGGGGGUGGGAGGGGUGCAAAGUGGGGUUUCCCCCAACAAGGUUUUCAUUGCAAGAUAUUCUUUGGGGUGGGGGUGGGGAACAAAGUGCUUGAGUACCAGAAAAGGGCGCUCGCUCCCCCCACCCCCAUGCAACCUGAAUCGGAUACUGAACAGUCACAAGGUGACAGCCAGGCGCACCCCCCCCCAAAAGGUAUUUUAGACGCAGCCUCUUAAUCCACCCCCUCCCUCUGCUUUGCUGCAGUUAUGUCCUAAAUCCAUUGCCCAAUAUAUCAUUACCGAUUUAACCUGUUCAUCUUUUGUGUGCCAUUCCAGGAGUGCUGUGUGGCUUUUUUUUAUCCCCAGAGCUGGAGAACAGAGUCGCCUCUGGAUUGGGAGAGAGGGAGGAGAUUUCGAGUUGGGGGUGGUGGUGAGAGAUGGACAAUGUCAAAGGAAAUCGGCCUCCGGAGUUUCCUGAGUAAGAAAGAGGCUGAUGUGAGAAGGAAGCAAAAGGAAGCAAGGAUUUGCUUCUUGGGAAGGGGGAGCCCCCCCCCCCCGGUCCCCAUUUCAGAAAUCAUAGCUGGGGGGCUGGGAGACUGGGAACAAGAAUGUGCAAGUUGGUCUUAAGCACCUUCCAGAUGGUCUCAAGGCAUUGGCUGGAGGCAUUAAAUAAAUACCCCCUUCAUGCAGGAGCUGGUAAAAGGGCAGCUGAGGGACAAGGAAUUUGCUAAAAUAAAAAUUGAGCAGCCUUCCAAUUGAUGGGUGGGGACUCGAGGGCUGGAUUUGACCCCUGGGUCUGGUGUUCCCCACCCCACAGUUAGGGUGCAGGGCUAAGGCCAAAAAGAUUGUGUCUCUCCUCUGCAGCCGCCAGAAUGGCCCCCCUUGAGUGCUGGUCCCUGCUUUUCCCCCUUUAAAUUCUCCCUCCCCACCCCCCAAAAAGUUGAAAAUAGCAAACAAAAACUUAACUCCCCAUCAAAACACACACACAAAUGUGUGUCCGUAUGGGAAAACAUUGUUCCAAAGUGUGAGAUGUGAAUCUGGUGGAUGCCAAGGCAGUUGAUGGUCUUUAGAGUAAGGGGUGAAACGUUACCUGGUCACAGCGAAAUCAUCCCCAGUACUUCUUUUUCCAGCAAAUGCUUCAACACCAUUUUUUGUCAGGUUGUGGGUUUUUUUUCUAGAUGACCAUAAUCUGAUUAGUCUAGAUUUUCAAGAUAGCCCACAGAAGAGAACAAGAAAACAAAUAUAACACAAAUCAAAUACAUAAGAAACAAAAGCAAUUAUCGUAGCAACAGUAAAAAUACAAAAAGCAGUAGGUAUAAAAUCUGUGUUCGGUUUUUUUGAAAGUGCAAUAGUCCAGAUUUUCUGCUUCCAUUGUGAUAAUUACAAGUGUUCCAGAGAUUUCCCGUUUUAAGCAAUGGGUUGUUUAGCCCCUGCUGAAAUAAAGGUGGUGAAUUCUUUAUAUUUCAUUUUAGCAUUUUCAUCUUUAAAAAUAGUUAACAAUUCCAAAGUUGGGAUAUGUAUGAUUUUUUGUUUCGGGAUCAAGCUUAUUUUAUAAACAAUUCCCCCCCCCCAAUGAAAAGAGCCUGCCACAUGUAUAGUUGUUCCAGCGGAGAUGGAAUAUAGCUUUGUUGCUAGAAGCAGCAGUGUGGGAGUUUAAAGGGGAUUUCUAUUAUGUGUUCGUAUACAUACUGACUUAUCCCACAGUCUCUGCCAGCUGGCCUCUUCGAUUACUGUCCCCAGCUCUGAUUCCCAGGUAUGUUCCACCAAGUUGGUUUUGCCUAAAUGAAUACCACCAACUGUUUUAAUGCAUUUUUGAUAAUACGUGUUUGGAUUUUGCAUUUGUAUUAGCAAUUAGAAUUUCAGCCGAAGUUUAAAGAGGCAUGUGCUGGGUUUGUUAGAAAAAAUUGAUGCAUGUUUAGAAAAUUCCAGCUGUUGUCCAGCUUUACUUAAUAUUUGUUCCCCAGUCAAAGGUAUGCCAUCUGUGUAAAUGUCUCCCACCCUAAAUAAAUCCGCCUUUCUGUGAACCGCUCUCAGACCUCCGGGUAUAGGGGAGUAUGUAAAUUCAAUUAAUAAUAAUAAUAAUACUAAUUUCUGCAUUGUUUUCCUUAAAGAGCUGCUCCCUGCAUUGAAGUGCAUCGUGGCAACAGCUGAGAAAGUCCCAGAAGUGGCCCAGUUUACGCCUCCUUCUCCUCCUCUGUCCUUUCCACUGGCAACAAAAUGGUCUCCAAGACACCCUCUGAACAGUCUCUUCUUAAAGGUGGAGUGGAAAGAGGAGCCAUGCAGCUUCCUCAGGCCCUCUUGACCUUUGAGGAGGUGGCUGUCUUUUUCACGGAGGAGGAGUGGGCUCUGCUGGAUCCAGGCCAAAGAGCCCUGCACAAGGAAGUCAUGGAGGAGAAUUAUGAGAUGGUGGCCUCUUUAGAAUCAGACCUCAGUUCCUGUUGGGAAGAGGGACAAGAUCCAUUUCUCCAGGAUCCCAAAGAAGUGGAGAUCUCAGAAGGUGACAGGAAGAAGAGCAGGAAUUAUGGGGAACCAUUGAUGGUGUCAUCAGAAAAUGUGGAGCAUGAAGCAGGGAAAAAUACAUUUGUGAAACAACAGACACCCCAAAAGCAUAUAGGAAACAUUUUGAAAAAUGGGGAAAGGAAAUCCUCUACUACGCAGGACACUGAUAUCCAUGUCACUCUGAAUCCACAGGAAGAAUGUGCAGGGAGCAGCAGUGUGGAGUGUGGGAAAAGCUUCAGUCAGAGUGGAAGUGUUAGUUUACAUCAGAGAACCCAAACAGGGGAGAAAGCGUUUCAAUGCAUUGAGUGUGGAAAGAGGUUAAGUAGUGCUGGUAACCUGGUCAAGCAUAAAAAAACCCACACAGGGGAGAAGCCAUUUAAAUGCAUGGAGUGCGGAAAGAGUUUCAGCCAGAGCGGAAACCUUAUUGCACAUCAAAGAACCCACACAGGGGAGAAACCAUUUACAUGCAUGGUGUGUGGGAAGAGUUUCAGUCUCAAUCACCAUCUUACUUUACAUCAAAGAACGCACACUGGGGAGAAUCUGCAUAAAUGCAUGGAGUGUGGAAAGAGCUUCUGUACCAAUAGUUUCCUUACCGCGCAUCAGAGAACCCAUACCGAGGAGAAACUAUUUAAAUCUAUGGUGUGUGAAAAUAGCUUCAGUCAUAAUUACCGUUUUACUCUACAUCAAAGAACCCAUGGUGGGGAGAAACUGCAUAAAUGCUUGGUGUGUGGAAAGAGCUUCAGUUGUAGGAGUAACCUUACUUUACAUCAAAGAACCCACACUGGGGAGAAACCCUUUAAAUGUACAGAGUGUGGAAAGAGCUUCAGCCAGAGCGGAAAUCUUGCUGCACAUCAAAGAACCCACACAGCAGAUAAACCAUUUAAAUGUAUGGUAUGUGGAAAGAGUUUCAGUUUCAAUUACUCUCUCACUUUACAUCAAAGAACCCACACCGGGGAGAAACCGUUCAAAUGCAUGGAAUGUGGAAAGAGCUUUCGUGCAAGUAGUGUCCUAAUUGUGCAUCAAAGAACCCACACUGGGGAGAAGCCAUUUAAAUGUGUGGAGUGUGGAAAGAGCUUCAGGCAGAGUGGAAGACUGACUGCACAUCAGAGAACGCACACUGGGGAGAAACCUUUUAAAUGUAUUGAGUGUGGAAAGAGCUUCAGCCAGAGUGGAAACCUUACCAUACAUCAAAGAACCCACAGAACAGAGAAACCAUUUAAAUGUAUGGUGUGUGGAAAGAGUUUCAGUCUCAAUUACUAUCUGACUUUACAUCAAAGAACCCACACCGGUGAAAAAUUAUUUGAAUGCAUGGAGUGUGGAAAGAGCUUCAGUUGUAGGAGUGCUCUUACCGCACAUCAAAGAACCCACACAGUGGGGAAACCAUAUGAAUGCAUGGUGUGUGGAAAGAGCUUCAGGCGUAGGAGUAACCUUACUUUACAUCAAAGAACCCAUACUGGGCAGAAACCAUUUAAAUGUAUGGAAUGUGGAAUGAACUUCAGCCAGGGUGGAAACCUUAUUGCACAUCAAAGAACGCACACAGCGUAGAAACCAGUGUGAACCCCAGAGGUGGAGAAGCAGGGAAGACAAAGCUUUGCCACUAAGAAGAAUAAGAAAUGGUCUCCCCAUUCUGCCUACUAUUUGGGCCAGCCCAGUUGUCAUUGUGAAUCCAAGAUGUGGAGAAAGAGAGGAGGCAAAGUUUAGCCACUUGGUCAGGGGGUCAGUGAAAGUCAUUGGUCUGCUUCCAUCACCGUUUCCUUUGAGCAAAACACAACUGCAUCUCGGGUAUCAUCCGUCAGGUAGGGUGCUUCCUUGGGAAAUGUAAUAGAACUGGCUAUGGCUUUCCGUGUAGAGAAAGAACGACAUGCCACUCCUUUCAAAGAGUGUGAGCGUUGUGUGCAAGCUUAUGAAGCCUGAGAUGUCUUAGCAGUGUGACCCCAGCUGCCUUCACCACAGAGUCUGUACUAUAUCUCCCAUACCACCAGGAAACGGGCCAUCCUCUGGGCUGCUCACUAGUACACUAGGAAUACUAUAUUGUUUGUGGGUAGGCUAUGAUUAGUCCUGCUGCAAAGCGACAGUACUGUGCUUUAUUUUGUAAUCUGUUUAGCUGUUUACUUGCUGUCCUCCUACCUUUCAUUCAAAAUAAAGUUUCACAAUCUGACCAGCUCUUCGCUUUGUCCUAUCACUGAAGCUCUUAUGAGUACCAGCUUUUAGUCUACCGGUACUUAGAAGAACAAUGAAUAUCAAUUCUAGAUUCAGGUAGGUAGCUGUGUUGGUCUGACGCAGUCAAAAUAAAAAAAAAUAGUCCAGUUGCACCUUAGAGACUAACUAAGGUG